AUGGUCAAAACGAAGAGAAUCGGUCCCAGUCUCUUGUUGUGUGCGCGCGUUAUGUUGUUUGACUGAACUAAGUUUCCCUGCCAUUUUUUUUAUUUUCGAAUUUUAACUCACGUUUCUUGGAAAUAUACCUCUAAAUCCCCAAGAACAAAAUGUCAGACUUUUUUGAUAGUGAAGCAGAAGAGUCUGGAGAAGAAAUUGGAAGCGGUAGUGAAGAGGAUGUCGCUGAAGACGAAGAAAUUGCUCAGCAAGAAGAAACGACCGCCAUUGAUGAUGCCAAUGAUAUUAUAAAUGACGAUGACAGUGACGGUGAUGAAGAGGAUGAAGGGGAAGACAAUAUACGAACCCGCAAGAGAAAAGAUUUUCACGAUGCAGUGGAUGAGGAGGAUCUUGAUUUAAUCGAAGAGAAUCUUGGAAUUAAUUUGGAUCGAAGAAAAUAUAAGCGUUUGAAAAAACUCAAACCAAUUGACUCUGAUGAGGAAGAAGAUGACAGAGGAUCAGUUGGUGGACACAGUGCUGAUGAACGUGAAGCACUAGCUCAUGAACUCUUUGAAGAUGAUGAAAUUGAGCAACCAUCGAGAGCGAUAUCUACCACACCAGUGGAGCCAACUAAUGAUCAGUAUGCAGUUCUUGAUGACUCAGAAUCUGAUGUUGAAGAUGAUUUUAUUGUGGAUGAUGAUAACCAACCUGUCCAUGAAAGGUCUCGUAAGAAAGGAGGAAGCCGUACUCAAAAUAGGGCAUUGCAAGAAGCACAAGAUAUAUUUGGUUUGGAUUUUGAUUUUGGCGAUUUUGAGAAAUUUGGUCAAGAAGAAUAUUCAGAUGAGGAUCGUGAUGAGUACGAAGAGGAAUAUAGUGAUGAGGAGGGACAACAGGGGAGACGAGGGAAGAAAAAAAGACAAAAGAAAACAAUCUUUGAUGUAUAUGAACCAAGUGAACUUAAAAAGAUUCAUCUCACUGAUCGAGACAAUGAAAUACGUAUUAACGACAUUCCAGAACGUCAUCAGUUACGUGAAGUACCAAUGAAAACAGCAGAAGAUAAAGAACUGACCGAUGAAGCAGAGUGGAUAUACCGUCAUGCAUUUAUGACAAUGCCAAUCACAAAUCAAGAAAUCCAAGAAGGAGAGAAAUUUAUCCAGACAACACUAACUAAGCCUCCAUCGGCCAUUCCUAAAAUACGCGAAGCUCUUAAUCUCAUGAGAAAUAAGUACUUUGAGGUCCCAUUUAUUGCUGCUUAUCGUAAAGAAUAUGUUGAACCAGAACUGAAUAUUGAAGAUUUAUGGCGUAUUUGGUUAUUUGAUGAAAAGUGGUGUCAAUUGAGUUCCAGAAAAAAUAAUUUGAAGCGACUGUUCGAGCAAAUGCAAACAUAUCAAUACAAUAAAUUACGUGAAAAUCCUGAUAAACCAUUGGAUGAAGAUGAGAGGAUUCUGGAACAAGAUGAUGUUGAAAGACUUGACGCCGUUCAAACAAUGGAGGAAUUACGAGAUAUAUACUCACAUUUCGUCUUACACUAUGGUCAUGAGAUUCCAGCCAUGAGAUUAUCAAGAAAAAAGAAAUCAGUGAAUGACGCCGAUGAAACUGUCGAAGAAGUGGAAAUGAAUGAUAGAUUGAAAAUCCCCAAACGACGUGAUUUCUACACGAUCUGUCGGGAGGCUGGUCUUGGUUUGUUCGCCAAGAAGUUUGGUUUGUCACCCGAGCAGUUUGGUGAAAAUCUUCGGGAUAAUUAUCAACGUUAUGAGACCGAGCAAUAUCCUAUGGAGCCCAGGGAGGCUGCUGAAGAACAUCUCUCCAAUAUGUUCUUGACGACCGAUGCCGUACUUGAAGGGACACGUCACAUGGUUGCCAUGCAAAUUGCACGUGAUCCUCUUGUCAGACAAUGCGUUCGACAAGUCUUCUACGAGCGUGCUAAAAUCAACAUUUCGCCCACAAAGAGAGGGAAAAAGGAGAUUGACCGUGAUCAUGAAUGUUAUUCAUUCAAAUACAUCAAAAAUAAACCUGUUUCUGAUUUACGAGGAGAUAUUUUUCUUCAAAUGCACAAGGCAAAGGAGGAAGGCCUUAUUCAACUUGAUAUUGGCAUUGAUUUAGAUCGUGGAUUCCAUUCUUAUUACGAUGAAGCAAAGCAACUCUAUUAUCGUGAUGAGUUCAGUAACUUGGUGCAGAUGUGGAACGCACAGCGAACCCAAGCUCUUUAUCGGACAUUUUAUCAAGUACUUUAUCCCUUGUUCACCAAGGAACUCGAAGAGAAAUUAUUACAAGAGGCCAAAGAUUUUGUCGUCAAGUGCGCAUGUCGUCGUCUCCGUUCCCUUGUUGAAGUUGCGCCUUAUCAAGCAGAACAACAUAGUGAUGAAGAGUAUGAUAUGUUUACUGGUCCUCGUGGCCUUCGUGUUCUCUCCGUAGCAGUACCUUCUGAUCCUCACCAACCCAUCUUCUUUGUCAUGUUAAAUGGUGGCGGUCAAGUUGGAGAUUUUUUGAAGUUGAGCUUCAUAAUGAAGAAGAGAAAUUCGAAUAGAAGUAAAGAAAAAGAAAAAAAGGAAGAAGAUCUUGAGUCAUUGAAGCAGUUUGUUUUAAAGAAACGACCCCACGUGAUUGUUAUAGCUACCGGAAGUCGAGAUUCAUUGACUGUUUAUGAAGACGUGAAGAUAUCAAUCAGGGAACUGGAACAGGAGAAUCAAAUAUCUCCAAUUAAUGUUGAAUUAAUUGAUCAUGAAGUCGCCGAAAUUUUUGAGAAAUCCUCAAGAGCCGAGACGGAAUUCCGUGAAUAUCCGAUGAUAUUACGACGUGCUAUUUCCGUUGGUCGACGUAUUCAGGACCCACUUGCUGAAUUUGCUGGACUUUGUGUAGACGAAGACGAAUUAUUAUGUCUGAGACUUCAUCCGAAACAGAAUUUGAUUUCUAAAGAAGUACUUCUGAAACACUUGCGAAUUGUGUUUGUCACUGUUGUCAAUGAAGUCGGAGUGGAUCCAAAUCGGAUUUUGGAUUUCCCUCACACUUCUGGUCUGAUACAGUUUAUCUGUGGAUUGGGACCAAGAAAAAGCUUAGCUUUAAUCAAGAGCCUUCGUAAGGAAGGAACCAAACUCGAAAAUCGUUCUCAACUUGUGACUGUGUGUGGCAUGGGACCUAAUGGAUUUCUCAAUACGGCUGGAUUUGUAAAGAUUGAUACGUCUGCGCUAAAUGACAAUACGGUCAAUUACAUUGAAGUUUUGGAUGGCUCAAGGAUUCAUCCUGAAACUUAUGAAUGGGCGAGGAAAAUGGCGGUCGAUGCUCUCGAAUAUGACGAGACAUCAGAAGAGUCAAAUCCUUCUGCCGCUUUAGAAGAAAUCUUGGAAAGUCCUGAAAGGCUGAGAGAUCUAGAUCUAGACGCCUUUGCCGAGGAGCUGGAACGUCAGGGGUUUGGGAACAAGCGUAUCACUCUUUAUGACAUCCGAGAUGAAUUGUUUGGACGUUACAAAGACCGCAGACCACCUUAUAGGGAAAUGUCCGUUGAUGAUCGUUUCCGAUUGCUAACCGGGGAAACACGAGAAACGUUGUUCUAUGGGAAACUGAUUACGUGCGUUGUAUCUGGGUUUGCAUAUCGGAAACCCAACCGAGAGAGACUGGAGAACGUUGAUCCAAAAAAGGAUGAAGAGACUGGACUCUGGCAAUGUCCAUUUUGUGGUAACAAUACGUUUGCAGACCUUGGUGAGGUAUGGACACAUUUUGAUAACGGUAGUUGCCCAGGACAGAUUGUCGGUGUUCGAACGAGACUUGAAAAUGGAAUAAACGGUUUUGUUCCGACUAAAUUGAUUAGUGAUAAGCACAUAAAGUCACCACAAGAGAGAGUAAAGGUUGGUUCAAUGAUUCACUGUCGUGUUACCAAAAUUAAUGCCGAAAGAUUCCAAGUUGAUCUCACAUGUAGAACUUCUGAUUUGGAGGACCGAGAAGGGAAGUACAGUCGUCUCAAAGACACGUACUUUGACCAAGCCAGUGAGGACAAGGACAAGAAAGCUGUCAAAGAUGCAGAAAAGAAAGCAAACAGACCUAGUUACAUAAAAAGAGUGAUUGUUCAUCCUGCGUUUCAAAAUAUCGCUUUCAAAGACGCAGAAAAGAAACUGGCAACAAGUGAGCAAGGAGAGUGUAUCGUCAGACCCAGUAGUAAGGGAUCUGAUCAUCUGACCGUCACGUGGAAGGUAGACGAAGGAAUCUAUCAGCAUAUCGACAUUAAAGAACAAGGAAAGGAAAAUGCUUUCAGUUUAGGCAAAUCUCUAUGGAUCGAAAAUGAGGAGUUUGAAGACUUGGACGAGAUAAUUGCUCGACACAUUCAGCCAAUGGCAUCCUUUGCACGUGACAUACUUUCCCAUAAAUACUACAAGGACACUGAAGGAGGAAGUAUCAACACGAUGCAGGAGGUUCUGAAAGCAGAGAAAACAAAAAAUCCGAAACGCAUUCCAUAUUUUCUCUCUGCGUCAAAGGAAUUUCCAGGAAAGUUUCUUCUCGGCUAUAUGCCUCGAAACAAACCUCGUACAGAGUAUGUCUCUGUGACUCCUGACGGUUACAGAUAUCGCGGUAGAGUACAUGCUAGUCUUAAUGCUCUUUUCAAAUGGUUCAAAGAACAUUUCAGGGAUCCAGUACCUGGACAACCGUCAAGGCAACGAGCUUCAAAUAACAUGGAUACCGGAACACCUUUCACUCCCGGGGAAUAUACCCCCGUACGUGAUGCAACACCCCGAGGAACGACACCGAGGAGUACCCCGCAGAUUGACCCGUCAAAACUUUUGCCUCAACUUCGUCAAGCCUUCCCAGGUGGUAUGCUAAAAAAUCCUCAUAUGUACAACAAUCUUACGGCAGCUGUAACCAACCAGAGUCCUCAAACAUCUCGAGGACAGUAUCCUCAGUUUGGCUACACACAGCAGUUUCCUCAACAAUAUCAACAACCGCAGUAUUCUAGGUAGUAUUUAGAGACUUGUACCUCGUUAACGGUUUGUGAGUUACGAAUCUAGCUCAGUUCAAACGUUGCUUUUUUGUGGAAAAGAAGAGUGACAUACUGUAGUUAUUUGUGCGCUGGUUAUUUUCUGAUGUAUGUAUUGUAUAGCGUGAUAUGAUAUGAAAUGAAUCAUUUAAAGUAUUACACUUUAAAAUUUAUCAUAUGAAGUAAACUUUAGACAUUAAUAAGAAUUGUCGUGAAAAAUUGAAAAGAUGAAAAAGACAGAAGACGACAUGGUAUGCGCCACCCGUGCUGUGGUGUUUUUCGUUGUUGUGUGGUAGAUUUUUAUGAAAUAUAAAAUAUUUAAGAAAUUAAAA